GCGCGCGCUCGCGCUCGCGCUCGGCGCUUCUCGGGCGCGCAGCAGCAAGAGCAGUCGCCGCGGGAGCGUCCCCCAUGGCCUGUCUCCGCCGCAGAGCUUAUCUUUAGGUUCAUUCUCGGUUCCCCUGAGCGGUUUCCAGUGUGUGACUAAGAGAGACCCGCUGCUUCCAGGAUGGAGGAGAAGAAGAAGAAGAAAAGUCCCAAAGCCCACCUAGCUCAACCAGUUCCAGCCAGUGCUCUCCGCAAGCUGCCAGUCCCUUCUAGCAAGAGCACCUCUUUCUCCCUGGCGAUGCCUCAUCUCCCUUCGCCAAAGCAAAGAGCCAAGUUCAAGAGAGCAAACAAGGAGAAGCCCCGAGCUCCCCAGCCCGGAGGAAGCGCUGCUACAGCAGCUGUGGGUACCCCUCUGCAGCAUUCGUUCCUGACCGACGUCUCGGAUGUGUAUGAGAUGGAGGGGGGCCUCCUGAACCUCCUGAACGACUUCCAUUCGGGAAAGCUGCAGGCUUUUGGGAAGGAAUGUUCCUUUGAGCAGCUGGAGCACGUUCGGGAGAUGCAGGAGAAGUUGGCUCGCUUGCAUUUCAGCCUUGACGUCUACGUGGAGGAACUUGCCGAGGACCAGAAGAAGACGGUGGCCGACAGGAACCUGGAUCAGCUGCUGACUAAUCUGGAAGAACUCAGCAACUCCAUGCACCUCAGACAAAAGCUCCACCUGGCAGAAAACCCUGACUUGGAGGAUGCGUCCACAGUCUAGAACGAGGAGGAGGAGGAGGCUGCCUGGUUUUUCUCUUGACUGUUUUCAUUAAGAAGCCUCAAAAAGAAAAACAAAGGAAGCAAAGAAGAAGCUGCGGAGCCAAGCAAAGAAGACCCUCGCGCAGAACUACUUCUGGACUGUAGUUAGAUGAAGCCUGGUGGAAAAGGAUGCGACUCCUGGGUGUCAGUGCACUGGGGAUACACUGCAGAUGCAGCAUGGAAGCCAGUCCCUGGCGGAGACUCCUGCGCCCCACGACCGACAGAGGGCAAACUGGGAGCUCCACUGCAGGGCCCUGAGUGAUGUGGCAAGGGAUGCUGGGGGAGCCCUCUUGGGCCAUGCAGGGCUCUGGCAUUGACUGGCAAAAUGUCCUGUGCUAACACAGAGAGAUGUAG